AUGAAGUAUGUUCUAAUUUUGGGUGGUGUCAUAUCGGGAAUCGGAAAAGGUGUUAUCGCUUCUUCUACUGGUUUGCUUCUCAAAACGCUUGGACUAAAAGUGACGGCGAUAAAAAUUGACCCUUACAUUAACGUUGAUGCUGGAACUAUGAAUCCUAUCGAACACGGUGAAAUUUUCGUCCUGAAUGAUGGCGCAGAGGUCGAUCUUGACCUUGGCAAUUAUGAACGAUUUCUUGAUAUUACCUUGACGAGGGAUAAUAAUAUAACCUCUGGGAAAAUAUUUCAGACUGUUAUUGAAAAGGAGCGACGAGGCGAUUACCUUGGUCAAAAUGUUCAAAGUGUGCCACAUGUAACAGAUGCCAUUCAAAAUUGGAUAGAACGCGUUGCGAAAAUACCAGUAGACCAAUCUAGUCAAGAGCCUGAUAUUUGCAUUAUCGAGCUGGGUGGAACUAUUGGUGACUUUGAAUCUGCGCCGUAUAUUGAAGCUUUGCGACAAUUCCAAUAUCGAGUUGGCCGUGAAAAUUUCGCUGUUAUUCAGGUCUCUUUGGUGCCAGUGCUUGGUGUUGUUGGUGAACAAAAAACCAAACCCACACAAGCUACUGUUCGGCAAUUACGAGCUUUAGGUCUAAAACCAGACUUGAUUGCUUGUCGUUGCGCUCAAGCUUUAGAGUCGCGCGUUAAGGCUAAAAUCUCUACUUAUUGUCGUGUUGAUCUUGAGCAGGUUCUUUCCGUGCAAGAUGUAUCUUCCACGUACAAGGUUCCAUUACUUCUUAAAGAACAAGGUACCCUUAAUUACUUGCGAAAAAGGCUUCAAUUGGAUAAGCUGUGCAUUAGUCCCAAGAAUUGUGAAUCUGGCGAGGCUUUGUUCCGUGAUUGGAAAACAUUGACUGAAACUCACGCUUCUUUGAAAAAAACUGUGACUAUUGCCCUUGUUGGAAAGUACACAUAUUUGCAAGAUUCUUAUCUCUCUGUCACUCAAGCACUUGAACAUGCCUCGAUAGCUUGUGAACGCAAAUUAAUAAUUAAGUGGAUUGAAGCGACUGAUCUCGAAUUAGAAACCAAAGAAAACGACCCAGGAAAAUACCGUGAAGCAUGGGAUAAUAUAUUCGCUGCUGAAGGUAUACUUGUUCCUGGAGGGUUUGGACAUCGUGGUACUGAAGGUAAAAUAGCGGCUGCUAAAUGGGCGAGAGAGAAUAAAGUUCCAUAUUUGGGGAUUUGUCUUGGUCUUCAAAUUGCUGUGAUCGAGUUUGCUAGAGAUGUUUGUGGCUUAAUAGGUAAAUUUCAGAUUGACAAUGAUGAUGCUGUGCCCCAAAGCACAAUUGGGAUAUGUCCCAAAUCAAAAUAUGCAAAUUCAGAAGAACUUGACCCCGAAACAGAUCACAAGGUGAUUGUCUAUAUGCCUGAAGUCUCUCGGACACAUCUUGGUGGAACUAUGAGAUUAGGAUUACGACCAACAAAGUUUCAAGAUGGAUCGGAAUCGUGGUCCAAAAUUUGUGAAUAUUCAAUUUUAAAUAUUCGAUUAGUCAUUAUAGAAUUUCAUGGCUUAGAUAUUGAUAAUUUUAUUUCGUCCUUAGAUAAAUAUUAUGAAUCGGAUGAGCGCACUUUAGUAACCGCUCGAAAAUUUCUAGAUAUUCAAAAAGAGAAUCGUAUCAAUGGCACAACAGAAAAUGGAAUGAAAUUAACCGAGACCAGUACGAUUCGACUGGGCAAAAGUAAUACCAAAAUCACCAGCAAUGGAUUCAGGGUUCUCGAAAAUAGCCUAAAGGGUAUGGAAAGUGUACGCUCUAGCAAAACAUUAAUCGAGGAGAGACAUCGUCACAGAUACGAAGUUAAUCCAGUGAUUGUUGAGCGCUUGGAGACGCAAGGGUUGAUGUUUGUAGGUCGUGAUGAAACGGGUGAUCGUAUGGAAAUCUUGGAACUUAAAGAUCAUCCAUUUUUCGUGGCCACUCAGUAUCAUCCCGAAUACUUAAGUCGACCAUUGAAACCUGUUCCAACAUUCUUUGGAUUUAUACAAGCUUCAGCUGGAAUGAUGCCGUUACGAAAAAUCAAUGGGAUCAAUAAACAUUUAUCCAAUACUAAUAGCCAUACUCAUACAAAAACAUGA